CACACACACACACACACACACACACACACACAAAAGCAUGAGCCACGCUAAUUGUCCCUUCUUGGCUCUCCAUCCGGCCAUCUUGUACUAGCAACUGAACAAUCUAUUUGGCUUCAAUCGAGCUAUGUACUCUCCGGAUAGUUCCAGAUAUUCAACUUAACCAAGGAGGUUAGGAUAUUGUUGAAGAGCUGACCGGAUCUUAAGCCCAAAAUGGAAUCAAUUUAGAGGCAAUAUAGAUUGAUAGAUCUGGCAAAUUCGCUAUGCGUACAGAGGUCAUCAAGGCGGACUCCAUUGACGUGGCUGUCGAAAGGAUUCUUCAUGAACUUGGGUCGGACACUAGAAGAAGCAGCAAUAGAGAGAAUGCCAUCUACUUUGAUGGCUGGGACGGCCUUGGGGCAUCUGCCGUCCUGCAAGCCGUAGCCAAACGCCUCACACCAUCCAAUGAGGCAUUGGCUAGGCCUGUUGGGCUGGAGUUUCAGAGAAUCAUCUACAUCGAUUGCUCAAAGUGGGAGAACAGAAGAGCAAUGCAGAGGGAAAUCGCGCAGCAGCUGAAGCUUCCCAGCUGGGUGAUUGACAUGUUUGAUAAACAAGACGAGGAGGAUGAUUUCAAUGGUUUAGACCAAGGCUCCCGCGGUGAGAUAGAACAAGUUAACGCAGAGAUCAAUCAAGCUAUACAGAUUUCCAGAUUCCUGGUGAUCCUGCACAAUGGGGGCAAUGAGGAGAUUGAUAUAUCAAAUUUUGGUCUUUAUCUAUAUGGGUAUGCCAAUAGCAAGAUGCUGUGGACUUUCCGAGGGAGAUUUCGACUUGACCCCAAGGUGAUAGACAAUGUGAAGAAGAGCACAACAACACAUGUCGUUAUUUCAGCUACCAGUGGUGGGCGAGAUCCACAAAACCUUUGGUCUUAUCUAGUGCACCAUGAGGUUGCACAAGUUUCCCGCAAUAAGGAUGGUUAUUUCAUCAUUGAUCCGGCAAUUGCUGCUGAGUGUGCCAAAUAUAUGCUGAAACGAUGCUGCAUUGGCCAUCACAUCGUUGACUACGACUGGGUUGUCCACACCAGUAACUACUGGGUAUGCGAUGGGAUCAUCACACUGGCAGACAUUGAGAGAGCUUGGCAAGUUGGAGAUGUUCUGCAGCGUGAGCUGCGUUUGUUGGGCACUGAAAACCGGCAUAAUAUUGGUGAUUUAACAAUAAUGCCUUCCUCUCACCUGUCAAGGUCUACCGAGCAUAUUCCGUACUGGAUUUCAAAAGCAACUUGUCGGUUUGUGCUCAGCCCCUGUGGAGUUAUGCCCGAUGACAUGUUUCAGCACUCACACCGGCUCGGCGUGCUCAAGCUCUCAAGGUGUACCUUCAGCUUCUCAUUGCCUCCAUUCCUAUGUUGCCACAGCCUGAGAUUCCUGUGGCUUGAUCAUUGCCAAGACAUCCAAACAAGAACACACAACAUAGAUGCAGAAAAGGAGGAGGAGUUGGACCACAACACCACAGUGUUGUGGGAAUGCUUCCAAAGCUUGUGGGUGCUUGACCUGCGCCACACGGAUUGUGAUCAGAUCUUGUCCGCGAGGGUGAUGGAUCUCAUGAUCCAGCUGAGGGAGCUAAACGUGAUGGGAGCCAGGAACUGGGACAUGAGCCAUCUACAGGGACGGCUGCGUAACAUUCGCAAGCUCCGAGUAACAAAGUCCACCUGCUACUUCAACAACAAUGUGUUCUCAGAUAUGUGGAACAUGGAGCUUCUUGAUUUUUCUGGAAAUAUCAUCAGACAAGGCAUGACAACCUUAUCUGGGCCAGAAAGCAACAAUAGCCUCAAAACUGUGAUUAUUGGUGGAUGUGAUGGGUUAAAGAUUAUCUCUUUUAGGGGAUGCAAAGAAUUGAAGAACCUGUUCUUGAAAGGAUCAUUGGGGAAUCUCAAUGAGCUGGACCUCUCAGGCACAAGAGUAAAAACACUCGACUUUGGAGGAGUGGAAACCAGUUCAAUCCCCAAGAAGCUUAUCUUGCUAGGCUGUGAGAAGCUCCGGGCAAUAUUGUGGCCUCAGAAGGUAAUAAGGGAAGGAUGGUUUAGUGUGCUGCUGAGUAUCGACACCAUGUCGACAUCAACAUCAGCUAACGGAGGGGAAGCACCACUUGCACAUCCACAUGUCGAUCCAUCCAUCCAACGACAGAAAGAAGAAAUAUUUAAGGCUCGAUGGCGGAUUUCUCUCAUGGAUACAAGGUUCCUUAGGUCGCUUUCUCCUGUAAGAUGGUAUUUAGGAGGCUCAUCCAUACAUAUUGAUGUCUGUGAUGCAGCUACCGUCGGUGGUAGCAACAUCCAAGGAACAAGCAGUGACGAACUAGUGCAAGUCCAACCGCAUACAAGUACCUUAAUAGACUCGAAGUACAGAGAUCUACUGAAGGGCGGCCCAGUUGCAACAGUGAUGAUGCGGGACUGCCCCAAGAUAUUUGUAAGGCAAUGGACCCAAGUGGUUGCAUGUAUCAUAAAUGUGAUCAUGCACGGGCAGAGCAACAAACUCUUGGAGGAUAACCCGUCCAUCACUAGUAUCCCUGGACAGGCAGAUACUUGUGCUUUAUUAUUGCCUCAUUUUUUAUGUGAAGCGGCUACAUCACUGCAUGUGUACGAUAACCCGGCCAUCACUAGUAUCCCUGCACCACCCCAAGGAUCAGGAUGGAGAAGUAUAAGAUGGUGUCGAAUGGAAAGGUGCCCCAAGUUACACACGGUCUUCACUACUCCUGAAGGCAGUAAUGUGAAGAGCUUUUUCUGGCUGGAGACAUUCUGGGCCUCCCAGCUCCUCUCUGCAUGCUACAUCUGGGACAGGCCAACCCAAAGCUACUUUUAUAACCUGAACCUCUUGCAUCUGGACCAUUGCCCCAGGCUCGUACAUGUUCUCCCCUUCUCCAAAUGGGAGGGAGACACCUUGGGUGCACUGGAGACCCUCGAGAUAGUGUACUGUGGUGAUCUCAGGGAGGUCUUCCCUUUGGACCCUCAGCUUCAAGAGCAGGAUAAAAUUCUAGAAUUUCCAAAGCUGAGGCACAUCCACCUGCACGAGCUCCCCAUGCUGCAGCGCAUUAGUGGGUGCAGGAUGUGGGCGCCUAAACUCGAGACCAUCAAGAUCAGGGGCUGUUGCAGCCUCAAGCGUCUGCCAUUGGUCGGACGCAACACCAUGCCGCCCAAGGUGGACUGCGAGAAGGAAUGGUGGGACAACCUGGAGUGGGAUGGGUUGGAGAAGUACCACCAUCCUUCCCUCUACGAGCCGAGCCACUCAUUGUACUAGAAGGCCCAGCUGCCCAGAGGUAGCCUACUCAGGAAAUGCAUCCUUUCGGUGAGUUCAUCUUCAGCACUUCAUUCAACACAAUAUGCGUAAACCAAGUGCUACCUACCUGAAGCUUUCUGCCUCCUGUUUGAUUGGUUUGUUAGUUCUCUACAUCAACAUUGCCAUGGUGUCGUAUUGUGCAUUCCAGUUUGGUUUGAUUUGAUUUGGUUUGUUAUAGUCAUCCUUUGCUCAAUCGAUCCAACUACUUGUCAUCUGGUUGCAUAGAUGAGGGUACAAAAGCUUUCGAGCAAAUGACAAAUAAAUUAAAGUUGGCAUUCAACUUAGCCAGUUAUCGAUUGACUGUGAUAUGUAAGCAUCCAUGGUGAUUGUGAUUAUUGUCUAUGUGGUGUUUGGUU